UUCAAAGACUAGUUUUAUUGACAACUUGAUGUUUGAAAUUUAUUUUUAUACUUUAUUGAUGUUUAUUGGAAAUAAAAUUAAUAAAAAUGUUUGUGACACCAGUGAAGCAAUUUUAGGGAUAUCUUGGAGCCAGUACAAUGGUAUAUUGUGAUGAUGAACGCGUACGCCGCCGCUGCAGCGGGCUUGGCACUCAUUGUGUUGGUCCUGUUGGUUCUCUGGAAGUUCAGGAGAUCUAAGCCACCUGAACAACCUUGCCUACCAUCUUGCACGCCUGUGCAGCUGGUGCACAAACUGUGUCCUCACAACAACGUGGUGCAGCGGUUCGAGGUGGAGAAGAAGGACAGCCUCGACGAGCACCUCGACGCUCUUACUAGGAAACUUGCUGAGAAAGAGGGUCGCCUCCAUAUGUCUAAAUACAAGAUCCGGGAGACUCAAGACGAGAUCCAAAGCCUUCACGCCAUAGACCACGAUGUCAGAGCGAAGUAUCGUGAGAUCAUGGAUGCUCUGCGAUCAGAUUUGAUGUCCAAUGAGAAAGAGUGUAAGAAGCUACAAGAACAGAUCGAGUGGGUGUCGCGACGUCGAGCGGAAUUGAGGGAUGAGGUGCGUCGAGGUCAGCAGCUAUACGGCGAUGCAGCCUUGGAACUGGCGACGAAUCUGGCUGAACUCCAACGCGGUCGCUGUGCGGUGAAUCACAAAGUCACAGAUAAGCCACAAGAGCUCUCUUCACACAGCCUGAGGCUGCGUAAGGAGCCACACCUGCCUAGAGCCUCCCACGUCGAUUCCCUGGUCAUGAAAUCAUCGCCUCGUCUGUCUAACGAGUCAAUGAGUUUUUUCAGACAUACCGAGGAUGCGUAAGCUGCUAGGCAUAUUAUGGUCAUGGAUAUAUUAAUUUUUGAUAAAAUUGAGCUGUGCUUUUAUAUUCUGUUGGAAUUUUUGAUAUGUUUUAAUUUAUUGUCUAUUUUUAAUACACCUUUAUUGUAUGAUA